GCCGGCAAAAACAUCCCUUCACGUAGCUCUCGCUUGUACGACAAGAAAGAAGCCACGAGAGUUGCGCUGCGUAAACGUGUCGUACACUUCACCUUCGUUAACAUAUUUCUUAGGAGAGAAAUGGGCGUAUUUCCUGGAUUUGGUAGCUGGAUCAAGCAGAACACUCAGCAGCCUCCAAAGGGUGAGUCCAAGAAAUCUGGGAAUGUUAAAACUAAGUCAGCUUCAGAGACAAAUACUCACGAAGAGAGAGAUGAGAUGAAGGAGCAACUAAAGCUUUGGAGAGAUGCAGAUAAGAAGGAACGACAAUGGCAAGAUCCCCCUCCUAAAGUGAAGGGUGUUUGCCAUAUGAACAUGGAAUUUACAUUAGGAUUGCCUCCUCAAGCAGCUUACGACGUUUUAACUAAUCCAGACAACCAAUCAUACUCCAGACUCGUUAACGAGCGCGAACUUCUGAAAAAUUCUGUCGAACGAUGGAACGACGCAAAGAAAGAUGUGGCUUGGAACAUCUUUUCGUGGUCUCGAGCCAUCCCGAUAAGUCUAUUUUUAGAAGAAGACGAGAAAGAUCUUUCUGUAGUAUAUAUGAAAGAUAAAAUGAAGUUCAUGAAAGUGUUCGAGGGUAAAUACAAAGUGGAACCAAUAUACGUAGAUUCAGCACGCUUUUGCAAGCAAAUAAAACCGAAAAAUCGAGAAGAAUACAGAAAAUGUAGCGGUGGACAAGGAAGAAUUGCAUCGAAAGUGGUUAUGGAUCAAUACUUUCAACCCUCCUCUCUUUAUAAUUUGCCACCCCUUUCUUGGUACAUUCGUGGGAUCACCAUCAAGACCACUACAAAUCUUCUUGAAGAUCUUCAAGAUCGGGGUCUCAUGAUCCGACGAGGUAUAAAAAUGGGUGUAUUUCCUGGAUUUGGUGGCUGGAUUAAUCAGAGCACUCAAAAAACUCUUAUAAAGGCUGAGUCCAAAAGAUCUGGAAAUGUGAAAUCUAAGUCAAGAUCAGAGAUAAAUACUCAAGGGGAAAGAGAUGAGAUGAAGGAACAACUAAAACUUUGGAGAGAUGCAAAUAAGAUAGAACAAUGGCAUGAUCCGCCUCCUAAGGUGAAGGUGGAAAUAGUAGAGGGUCUUUGCUUUAUGGACAUGGAAUUGAUAUUAGGAUUGCCACCUCAAGCAGCCUACGACGUUUUAACUAAUCCAGACAACAAACCAUUCUCUAGAAUUAUUAACGGACGCGAACUUCUGCAUAACAAAUCAAGAAAAGUUGUAACAAAUGAUGGAUCGAGAUAUGUUGUGGAGGUGGAGAAAGAAGUUGCAUGGAACUUUCUUUCGUGGUCUCGAGCUAUCCCGAUCACUCUAGAUUUUGCUGAAAGCCAAAAAGAUCUUUCUACAGUAUAUAUGAAAAAGAAAAUGAUGCUCAUGAAAGAUUUUGAGGGUAGCUGGAAAGUGGAGCCAAUAUUCGUAGAUUCGCAACGCUUGUGUAAGCAAAGAUUGCCCAAGACUCGAGAAGAAUACAGAGAAUGUAGCGGAGGACAAGGAAAGAUUGCGUGGAAGGUGAAAAUGAACCUGACCUUUAUGCCAUCUUCUCCUUUUAAUCUGCCACCGGCUUCUUGGUACAUCCGUGGGACUAUCAUCAAGACCACCAAGGCUCUGCUCCAAGACCUUCAAGCUAUGGGUGCAAAGAUCCGUGUAAACGACUGUGUUUUCCAUUUUAGACACCUGUGGGCUUAUAGGCCCAUUCACUACGGAUCUAAAUCAAUGGUUCUCGAAGUUCACGUAGGGCCCAUCAGAAACAUUCUUCAUGCAGUUACCUUGUACGUCAAGAAUGAAGUCAUGAAAAUUGAGCUGUCCAAAUAUUUUCUCUGGGCGAGAGAAAUGGGUAUAUUUCCUGUACUUGGUGGCUGGAUCAAUCAAAUCACUCAACAGCCGCUUCAGGCUGAGUCCAAGAAAUCUGGAAAUGCUAAAUCUAAGUCAACGUCAGAGACAAAUACUCACGAGGGGAGAGAUGAGAUGAAAGAGCAACUAAAACUUUGGAGAGAUGCAAAUAAAAAGAAACAAUGGCAUGAUCCCCCUGCUAAGGUGAAGGUGGAAACAAGAAAUGAUCUAGAAAGAGGUCUUUGCCAUAUGCAAAUGGAAUUUACAUUAGGAUUGCUUCCUCAAGCAGCUUACGACGUUUUAACUAAUCCAGACAACCAAUCAUACUCCAGAAUGAUCAAAGGCCGCGAACUUCUGGAAAACGUAUCAAGAAAAGUUACGUCGGAGGAUAGUGGAAAAGGGCAGAUCGUGGAGUCUGAGAAAGCUUUGUCAUGGAACUUUCUAUCGUUCUCUGGAACUAUCCCAAUACAUCUAUAUUUCAUCGAAAACCCAAGAAAUUUUUCUGUACAAUUUGGGAAAGAGAAAAAGGCAAUGAGGUUCAUGGAAAUGUUCGAGGGUAGCUAUAAAGUGGAGCCAAUGUACGUAGAUUCAGAACGCUUGUGCAAGAACAUAAAGCCCAAGAGUCGAGAAGAAUACAGAAAAUGUAGUGGAGGACAAGGAAGGAUUGCGUCGAAGGUGACAUUCGACCAGAUCUUUAAGCCUUCCUUCUCUUUUCAAUCUGCCACCGGAUCAUUGUCAAGACCACCAAGAAUGUGGUCUAUGAUCUCCAAGUUCAGAGUGAAUUUAUCCGAGGUGUUUGAAACGCUAUACACCGUUUUGAUAAAAAAUUAU